UUCCUGAAUUACUGACAUGGGUUUAUCUUUUCUCCCUUUAGAGAGUUUUGAGGUGACAGUCACCAAAGAAGGUGAGAUUUGUGGCUUUAAAAUCCACGGGCAGAAUGUCCCUUUUGAUGCUGUGGUAGUGGAUAAGUCCACGGGUGAGGGGGUAAUCCGCUCCAAAGAGAAACUGGACUGUGAGCUUCAGAAAGACUACACCUUCACCAUCCAGGCCUACGACUGCGGGAAGGGACCUGACGGCACGGGUGUGAAAAAAUCUCACAAAGCAACUGUCCACAUCCAGGUGAACGAUGUGAAUGAGUACGCACCUGUGUUCAAGGAGAAGUCCUACAAGGCGGCCGUGGUGGAAGGGAAGCAGCAUGGCAGCAUCCUCAGAGUGGAGGCGGUGGAUGCGGACUGCUCCCCUCAGUUCAGCCAGAUCUGCAGCUAUGAGAUCCUCACCCCAGAUGUGCCCUUCACGGUGGACAAGGACGGUUAUAUUACAAACACAGAGAAGCUAAACUAUGGCAAAGAGCACCAGUAUAAGCUCACUGUCACGGCCUAUGACUGUGGGAAGAAAAGAGCCACAGAAGACGUUCUGGUGAAGAUCAGCGUCAAGCCCACCUGCAACCCUGGGUGGCAAGGCUGGAGCAGCAGGAUUGAAUAUGAGCCAGGCACCGGUGCUCUGGCCGUCUUCCCGAGCAUCCACUUGGAGACCUGUGAUGAGCCUGUCGCCUCAGUGCAGGCCACAGUGGAGCUGGAGACCAGCCACAUAGGGAAAGGCUGCGACCGAGACACCUACUCUGAGAAGUCCCUUCACCGGCUCUGUGGGGCUGCUGCUGGCACCUCCGAGCUGCUUCCUUCCCCAAGCAGCUCCUUGAACUGGACUGUUGGCCUCCCCACCGACAAUGGCCACGACAGCGACCAGGUCUUUGAGUUCAAUGGCACUCAGGCAGUGAGGAUCCCGGAUGGCGUUGUGUCCCUUGACCCCAAAGAGCCCUUUACUAUUUCUGUGUGGAUGCGGCAUGGGCCUUUUGGCCGGAAGAAGGAGACGAUUCUCUGUAGUUCAGACAAAACAGAUAUGAACCGACACCAUUAUUCGCUCUAUGUCCAUGGGUGCAGACUCAUUUUCCUCCUUCGUCAAGACCCGUCUGAGGAGAAGAAGUACAGGCCUGCAGAGUUCCACUGGAAGUUGAACCAGGUCUGCGAUGAGGACUGGCACCACUUUGUCCUUAAUGUGGAGUUCCCAAGUGUGACUCUCUAUGUGGAUGGCGUUUCUCAUGAGCCUUUCUCGGUGACAGAGGACUACCCGCUUCAUCCAACCGGGAUAGAGACUCAGCUUGUGGUCGGAGCUUGCUGGCAAGAGUAUUCAGGAGUCGAAAGAGACAAUGAGACCGAGCCUGUGACUGUGGCCUCUGCAGGUGGUGACCUGCACAUGACACAGUUUUUCCGGGGUAACCUGGCUGGCCUCACCAUCCGUUCUGGGAAACUGGCGGAUAAGAAAGUGAUUGACUGUCUGUACACCUGCAAGGAGGGGCUGGGUCUGCAGGUCCCUGAGGAUGGCAGCAGAGGCGUGCAGAUCCACGCAAGCUCCAGUCAAGCAGUGUUGACCUUGGAGGGAGACGAUGUUGGAGAGCUGGAUAAGGCCAUGCAGCAUGUUUCUUACCUGAAUUCAAGGCAGUUCCCCACACCCGGCAUCCGCAGGCUGAAAAUCACCAGCACAGUCAAGUGUUUUAAUGAGGCAGCCUGCAUCGAGGUGCCUCCAGUUGAAGGCUACGUGAUGGUUUUGCAGCCAGAAGAGCCCAAGAUCAGCCUGAGUGGGGUCCACCACUUUGCCCGGGCGGCUUCUGAGUUUGAAAGCCCAGAGGGUGUCUCCCUCUUCCCUGAGCUUCGAAUCAUCAGCACUAUCACCAGAGAGGUGGAGCCUGAGGGAGACGGGGCCGAGGACCCCACAGUUCAAGAGUCCCUGGUGUCAGAGGAAAUUGUGCAUGACCUGGACACCUGCGAGGUCACAGUGGAAGGGGAGGAGCUGAACCCAGACCAGGAGAGCCUGGAGGUGGACACAGCCCGCCUCCAGCAGAAGGGCAUCGAAGUGAGCCACUCCGACCUAGGCGUGGUCUUUACAGGUGUGGACACCAUGGCAAGCUAUGAGGAGGUUUUGCACCUUCUGCGCUAUCGGAAUUGGCACACCAGGUCCCUGCUUGACCGGAAGUUCAAGCUCGUUUGCUCAGAACUAAAUGGUCGCUACCUCAGCAAUGAAUUCAAGGUGGAGGUGAAUGUGAUCCACACAGCCGACCCUGUGGAACACGCCAAUCACAUGGCUGCCCAGCCACAGUUUGUCCAGCCUGAACAUCGCUCCUUUGUUGACCUGUCUGGUCACAACCUGGCCAAUCCUCACCCAUUCGCAGUUGUCCCCAGCACAGCGACUGUUGUGAUUGUGGUGUGUGUCAGCUUCCUGGUUUUCAUGAUCAUCCUGGGGGUGUUUCGGAUCCGAGCCGCACAUCAGCGUACGAUGCGGGACCAGGACACCGGGAAGGAGAAUGAGAUGGACUGGGAUGACUCUGCCUUGACCAUCACCGUCAACCCCAUGGAGACAUAUGAGGACCAGCACAGCAGUGAGGAGGAGGAAGAGGAAGAGGAGGAAGAGGAGAGUGAAGAUGGGGAGGAGGAGGAGGACAUCACCAGCGCUGAGUCAGAGAGCAGUGAAGAGGAGGAAGGCGCCCCCGGGGACGGCCAGAACGCCACACGGCAGCAGCAGCUGGAAUGGGACGACUCCACGCUCAGCUACUAAACGCGCCACGACACCUGCUCUCCAGAACUCUCUCCUAGCCAUCUCCCAGCCCCACGGGUCCAUGAUGUACAAAAUCAUUUCGGCCAGCAGGUCUGCAGACCCCUCCCCCAUCGCUGAACAUCCGCCUGUGCUUGGUGUGUGGGACCAUAGGCUCCACCCUCCUCCCUCCCAGCCCAUCACACUGGCAGUUUUGCUAGGAGCUGGCACUUCCUCCCUGGCCGCAUCUGGGUGCAGUGGCCCUGCAGCACCUCGGACCCCAUAUGUGGCUGGAGUCCCCCGUCAGUCCAGGAGAGGACACCAGCACCUCCAGCCGAGAGGCUGCGAUGACUGGGCUUGCUGACAAAGCGUAAAAAUUACUCCCACCCAGUAAUCAUUUUUCUUCUUUAUUUUUAAAAGUUUUUAUUUUUUUCCAAACUAGUGCAUGUAUAAAGUGGGAGAAUGGGGGUUACUAUGUAGAUGACCAACUGACUUUUUAAUAUUUUGUAAAUAAAUUGGGAUUCUCUGUG